CCUCUGGAAGAUUCAUGUUAUUAUUUGUUAGUAUCAUGGCAUUGUGAUUUUUCUUCAAUUGGUCAUCUCAUUGCAAACAUGUUAUUAGCAAUUGCAAGAACUCUAGCAGAUUCAUGUUAUUAUUUGUUAGUAUCAUGGCAUUGUGAUUUUUCUUCAAUUGGUCAUCUCAUUGCAAAAAUGUUAUCAGCAAUUGCAAGAACUCUAGCAGAUUCAAGUUGUUUGUUCAUAUUAUGGCAUUGUGAUUUUUGUUCACUUGGUUUAUUGCAAAUGUGUUCAAUUUAAAGGGGAAUCAUACAUCCAUAUAGGAAGAUUAAGACAGUGUCUAUUAGGAAAAUCGUGCUAUGUGCUAUUAUUUUUGGUUGGGCAAAUUUUUGUUGGUAUGAUGGAAUUGUAGAACUGAUCUACCCCCUUCUCCAUGUCAUGUUGUUUUCUUGUAGACGCUAGUUGAAAGUUCCCGUAUGGGUCCUCACGCUGUAUUUGGGUUCAUGCUUUGGAAAGCAUAUAUUGUAUACAGCUUUGGGGAAUUGAGUAAUAGAGGAGAGGGAUACUGUUGUGUUUAUUUGUACUUUUGGUUCCGUCAGUUAUUGGACUUUAGAUGUUUGGAAUACUAUUUAAAUUCAAGUACAUGAGUUUUUAUGGAGUUUCCAGUUUUGGAUGAAAAGACUGACUAGGUCGGUUGCCUAUGUUCAUGGUGAUGCUUUUGACAUGUUUUAUCUUCAGGGUUUUGUCAGUAUUUAUUGGUCGGCAUACUCAACAUGGAGUAGUUGCAUCCGCUGGAUACACGUUUAUGAUGUCGUUGGUAGGUUAUAAGACGGCACUGCUACUGACCUUCUUGCCACUUGGAAUUGUCAAUGCCUUGUUUCGGUGUUUUCUCUCUAUCCAAAGCUUUGCUGAGUGGUCACUGAUACGUGAUAUCUUUACUUAAACAUCUUUUACGAUUGACUUAGCUUUAGUCAACGUCUAAGAUUGUUUGAUCAAAAAUAUAUUUCUUUCUGCUUCCAAAUGGGCUUCUAGAUUUCUCAUGAGGGUUUCUCUCAUACCAAGUUUCUGCAUCUAGUAUUGAACCACAUACUGUGGAAAUAGUCGCCUUGAGAUCUCAGAAUUCUGUGCAUUAUUAGUGGUUUAGGGCAGAGACCAGUGCUAUCCGCAGUAGUCAAGAAUUUGAUUGUCACUUUCGUGUUCGAGUUGUAUCAGAUGAUAAGUGCAAUUGUUAAUGUUCUUAUAUAUUUGAUGGUGCUCGUCCUCGUUUUUGCCUAAAAUUGAAAUGUGUGACUUGGAGUUGACAAUUAUAUAUGGAUUUCUUUGAACAAUAUAUAUGGUUCUGGCUUUACUACGGUUUUAUUACGUUCUCGUAUUUUUAUCUUCUGCCGGACGGUUUGAUUAUACAUCUCUGGAAUUUUAGUUGGUGUAGAGCCUGAACCUACUUGUUGUUUCGUUGUUUCGUCGAGGUUAUACUUCCUACCUUCUGACUUCAUUGCAUAUCGAUAUUGUAAAUGUGGUGUAAGAAGAUUUACCGGUAUGCUAACUCAUUGUAAUCUGUUUGGAACUCUUGAGUCUUUGUGUCUUUCUAGAUUGUGCAGAUCCUCUAUGGCUUGUGUCUGCCUUUUUGUUGGCUGCUUUUUUGUUGUCUCUUUACAAGCAUGUUGAGAGGUAAAUCAUAGGCUUAGAACUGCUGCUUGUUUUGGAGGUCCCUUUUGUAGUUUUCAGGUGAGAUGGAAAUGUAGAAGAUAAGCAGCAACCAUUAUGAAGACCAAUAAGAUGCAUGCAGCAUCUAAUGAAUUCCGAGAUAAUAUCAUCAAAAAUAAAAAUAAAAAGUCUCUUUGCUGAAGCAAAUCUGUUAUUAAUGACAGAAGGAGGGAUCCGAUCCGAUCAAUUGGCCAUCGAAGUGAUAAUUUAAUCGAAUGGCAAAUAGCAAGUAUGAGUACGUCAAGAAAUUUGAAACUGAUGACAGACUGCCUCCCUCCAGUUGGAUUGUUGUCAGAAUUGACGGAUGCCAUUUUCACCAAUUUUCUGCAGAACAUGCAUUUGAAAAGCCCAAUGACGAGAAUGCUUUGAAUUUGAUGAACUCAUGUGCAGUCUCUAUGCUAGAACAAUUUCCUGACAUAGUAUUUGCAUAUGGUGUCAGUGAUGAAUAUAGUUUUAUAUGGAAGGAAACUACUCAGUUUUACCAAAGACGGUCAAGCAAAUUACUUUCACUUAGUGUAUCCUAUUUCACAUCUGUCUACGUGAUGAAGUGGAAAGAAUUUUUUCCUCACAAGGAACUGAAAGGACCCCCUUAUUUUGAUGGACGAGUUGUAUGUUACCCAAGAGCAAAAAUUGUCCAGGAUUAUCUGGCAUGGAGGCAGGUAGACUGUCACAUAAACAAUCAGUAUAAUACAUGUUUUUGGAUGUUGGUUAAGUCGGGAAAGACACAGAGGGAAGCCCAGGAACUUCUAAAGGGCACACAAGCAAAAGAUAAGAAUGAGCUGCUUUUUCAACAGUUCAAUGUUAAUUAUGAUAAGCUACCUCAAAUGUUUCGAAAAGGAUCUUGUGUUUACAGAAAAAAGGUGGAAGAAGUGGUUAAGUUGGAUGAUACUGGAAAUCCCGUCACAAGAACUCGAAGCAAGGUGGUUGUGGAACACAUGGAUAUAAUAGGCCCCAAGUUUUGGAGUGAGCUCCCUUACAUCCUCAAAGAAGAGUGUGACUGAAAUGACCACAUAUUUGAACUAUAUAUCGGCAAUUUGCAAGCAGGAUAUGCAGUCAAGUCAGUCUGAUGUUUUGACAUCUUACAUCUGCAGCUACAAUCAAUAUAUGGUAGGUAGUUCAAGAAGAGACCGGCUGUGCAGUCUCUGAAUCGGGAGGAUCUCUGUAGCUUAAAUAUGAAAGUGUUAGAUGAAUGAAUCUUUUUGAAUCAUUCUCGUUUUUAUGAAA